ACUCCGCGACAACAGGUGGCGCAACAAGCGAAACCCGAUUCACAACAAUAAAGGAAACGAAGAAGAAGCGAAGCGCCAGUUUCCGCUUAAAUCCAGAAGUGUGGGACAUUUUACCUCAGUUUAUUAAUCAUGGACAUCCGGCCGAAUCACACCAUCUACAUCAACAAUGUUAAUGAUAAGAUCAAGAAAGAAGAGCUGAAGAGGUCACUGUACGCCUUAUUCUCGCAGUUCGGCCAGAUUAUGGACAUCGUGGCUCUGAAGACCAUGAGGAUGAGGGGUCAGGCGUUUGUGAUCUUCAAGGAGCUUUCAGCAGCCACCAAUGCCCUCAGACAGCUUCAGGGAUUCCCCUUCUACAAUAAACCCAUGCGAAUACAGUAUGCAAAAACAGACUCCGACUUGGUCUCUAAGAUGAGAGGCACAUAUGGAGAUAAAGAGAAGAAGAAAGAAAAGAAAAAGAAGGCUCAGGAACAGGCAGCAGCCAACGCCAACAAGAAGCCGGCGGGAGCUGUAAACACACAACCUCCUCCACCUGCUACAGUCCAGAUCCCGGAUAAUCCUCCAAACUAUAUUCUGUUCCUGAAUAAUCUUCCUGAAGAAACCAAUGAGAUGAUGCUCUCCAUGUUAUUCAACCAGUUUCCUGGGUUUAAAGAAGUGCGUUUGGUGCCUGGAAAACAUGAUAUUUCGUUUGUAGAGUUUGAAAGCGAAGCUCAAGCCGGAGUGGCGAAAGAUGCACUUCAGGGGUUCAGAAUCACAGCCACGUGUGCCAUGAAGAUCACUUAUGCCAAAAAGUGAUUUGGCACUGACGCCUGUUUGUCAAGAACCAAACAUUUUAAUGGACUUUACCUGAGGAUUAUUACUAAUGAGUGAAUCCUCGACUUUUAUUUUAUUUUUUGUCUUUUUCAAUUAGUUUUAUUACUGUUCUUCCUUUUUUUGGUAUGGAUCUUACUUGGUCACUAAGAACAUUUUAAUAUUCCAGGAUAGAUCUUUAUUUUGUACUGUGGACUGAAAAAGUUAGCCUAUAAAAUAAAUGUCAUCUCGCCCACCCAUG